AGUCGCGUUUUUUUUUUUUCCCCGCGCAUGCGCACACGUGCUUCAUCUCUUCAGCCAUUUCGUUACUCGAGCAAUGGCGUCAGCGGUAUGCUGUCGGGCGGCGAUGUUUCCCACCAACGUGCACUGAAGUUCUUGCCCCAGCUCGGUUCUUCGGUGCUCGCCCUCGUCGUGAAUGUGAUCGCUGACGCACUCGAGGCACCAUGAUUUUCAGUUCGAGCGACGUGCUGACCCCCCAGCAGCUGAAGCGGCUCUCUGAGCACCGCUACAGCUGCUCCGGUUCUUCGUUCGUGGACCCAUUCAUGCAGCCUUUCUGGAACUGGGUGACGACCAAGUGUCCGCUGUGGCUUGCGCCCAACCUCAUGACCAUCACAGGACUCGCCGUGAACAUUGCCACAUCACUGCUGCUCGUUUGCUACAGCCCGACCGCGACGCAAGAGGUCCCCCGGUGGGCGUUCCUGCUGUGCGCGCUGGGGCUCUUCGUGUACCAGACGUUAGAUGCGUGCGACGGAAAGCAGGCGCGGAGGACGGGCACAAGCAGCCCCCUUGGGGAGCUCUUUGACCACGGCUGCGACUCCAUCUCCACAGUGUUUGUGGCCCUGGCGGUGUGUAUAGCGGUGAAGCUGGGCUACUACCCGUCCUGGAUGUUCUUCCAGUGCUUCGUGGCCAUUGCACUCUUUUACUGCGCCCAUUGGCAGACGUACGUCUCUGGAAGCCUCCGCUUCGGAAAGUUUGACGUAACGGAGGCGCAGUUUUCCGUGAUGAUCAUUCAUUUGGUAUCUGCCAUCUUUGGGCCUGGAGUUUGGGCAACACGGCUGCCCAUGCUGAAUGUGGAGCUGAGGCUGGUCCCAGUGGCGGUGGCGCUGUCGGUGUCCCUCAUCAUGUGCUACACGGACAUCGCCGUCAUUCUCUCGGGCGGGGUCGGGAAAAACGGGUCGACGGUUGCCGGCACGAGCGUGCUCUCCCCCAGCAUCCCCAUCGCCCUGGUGGUGGUGCCGGCCUUCAUCAUCUAUCAGAAGUCGACGACCAGCAUCUACGAGAACCACCCGUGUCUCUACAUCAUCGCCUUCGGCAUGGUGGCGGCCAAGGUCACCAACAGGCUGGUGGUGGCUCACAUGUGUCGAAGUGAGAUGGACUACAUGGACUCGAUACUGAUUGGUCCGGGUAUGCUCUUUCUCAACCAGUACUUCAACACCUUCAUCAACGAGUAUGUCAUCCUCUGGAUAUGUCUGGUCUACUCCGCGGCGGACCUGCUCCACUACUGCACGAUAGUGUGCAACCAGAUCUGCGGACACCUGCAGAUCCCCCUGCUGCGAAUUGCGCCAAAGUUUCCCCCCAGCCUGGUGGACCGAUCCCCUCCAAACCCGUCGCCUGACGUGCGCCGCCCAACAUCUCUUCUGCAACCCCACCGCUUGCGCUCUUGACAAGAGAAUGGGACGCCACGUUGACACGCAUUGUGGCACACCGCAUCCGCAGUGCCGCUUCUCGACCCUCGGCAAGGCGGGUUCGGCGGCGGCGAGAGACGACAACGCACCAGACUGCGAAAGUGACCGACGCCACGGAAGAUCGAAGAGAGUGUCGUCGACUCUAUCGUGAAAGCGAGACGGGCAAACCGUUUGUCGCAGACGUUGACUUUUCAUUUCCCUGGCUGUGCAAAACGGACUCAAAUUCGUCCCUUUCCGUCCUGAUGGGCGGAAAAUGUGUCGUACGGUUCAACCUUGCAUUUGGCGGAAGAGAGUGAGGGACAGUGCUCAAUGUGUGUAGUUUGUGGCCAGUUGCAAAGGUGUUGCAGUUGGUAGACUAGAGACUGUCUGCAUUUUCUUUGAAAAGAAAAAAAAAGCAGUUUCAUUUAUUCUUUUUUUUUUUGUCACUUUAUUUGGUUUUUGAUGUGAUGCAGUAGUGUGUUGACUAUAAAACUCUUUCAAAGAGAGCAGAACGAGACUCUGUUCUUGGUUUGAGAUUACGCAUCAAAAACAAAUGCUUUUUUUUGUCUUUUCUUGCUUACGCGUGAAUAUGUUCUCGUUUCGCAAGACACUUGUGAACCGCAGGUAUCUUUGGCGAGACUGCGCCGAUACUUGUAAGGGUUGUUUUAGGAUUUUACUUCGCGAGGUAAACAAAGUUGUGUCUCCCUCUAGCGAACAGAGGAACAAAACUGUGACAGCAUUUGUAGCCGUUUUUUUCUUUUUAGUUUGCCAAAAAUAAAGGGAAAGAGGUUAAGAUAUGCUAGGAGCCUGCAUUCCCAUGCCACAGUUGUGGAGUAGAAGUGAUGGAUUGUUUUAACUGUGUGAGAAGUCUGUGGGUAGGGCUGCAUAGAGGUUGCCAUAGUAAAGAGACCCAUCAGUGUGGCAGCGAGUUCAAAUGUCAUUGUGCCGCUGCCAGGCCCUUGUAUAUUUUAUCACUCUUCGCGUAGCGCGAGUUUUCAUUUGUGAAGGCUCUUCGGUGUGUGCCCACCCAGUCAAAGUGUGAGAUUUUGUAGGAGAGGAAAUAAAAGUCUAAGGUUGUUCCUA